GGUGCAUUCUGGGGACGGUUGCCAGUACUGAGCGAGCGGACCGGUACUGAACUACAACGCAGUGCAUCUCGGGAAACCUGCUUGCGGAGGCUUGGUGGGAGGCCGGAGGACUCGCCCACCCAUGCCCGGCUGCGAGCUGCCGGUGGGCACAUGCCCGGACAUGUGCCCGGCCGCCGAGCGCUCGCAACGCGAAAAGGAGGGGCGCCUGCAUCGCUUCGAGGUGGCUCCGGGGUGCCGCGGGGACCGUCCCCGCGCUGACCCGCAGCGCGCUGUGAAGGAGUACAGCCGGCCGGCCGCCGGCAAGGCCCGACCCCAGCCGAGCCAGCUCCGUCCGCCGUCCGUGCUCCUGGCCACCGUUCGCUAUUUGGCGGGUGAGGUGGCCGAGCGCGCAGACGCAUCCGGCGUGGAGGUGGCCAGCUUCGUGGCGGACCGGUUGCGCGCCGUGCGGCUGGACCUGGCCCUGCAGAGCGCCGGUGACGCCGAGGCGGCGGUGGUGCUGGAGGCGGCGCUGGCUGUGCUGCUGGCCGUGGUGGCGCGGCUCGGGCCCAACGCAGCGUACGGGCCCGCGGACCCGGUGCUGCUGCAGGCCCAGGUGCAAGAGGGCUUCGGUUCGCUGCGGCGCUGCUACGCGCGGGGCCCCGGGCCGCACCCCCGCCAAGCCGCCUUCCAGGGCCUCUUUCUGCUCUACAACCUGGGCUCGGUGGAGGCCCUUAACGAGGUUCUGCAGCUGCCCGCUGCCCUGCGUUCCUGCCCAGCCCUGCGCACAGCCCUGGCUGUGGACGCGGCCUUCCGAGAAGGCAACGCCGCCCGCCUGUUCCGCCUGCUCCGGGCCCUGCCGUACCUGCAGAGCUGUGCGGUGCAGUGCCACGUGGGCCUUGCCCGCCGCCAAGCCCUGGCCCGCCUCGCUUCUGCCCUGAGCACCCCCAGGGGCCAGACCAUACCCCUGGGGUUUGUGGUCCACCUGCUGGCGCUGGACGGGCCCGAGGAGGCCCAGGACCUUUGCCAGGCCCACGGACUGCCCUUGGACGGACAGGAGAGGGUCGUGUUCCUGCGGGGCCGCUACUCGGAGGGAGGACUGCCGCCCACCGGGGCCUGCAGAGUGCUGGUGGGCAGCAAGCUGGGAGGGCGGACCCUGGAGGAAGUAGUCAUGGCAGAGGAGGAAGAUGAGGGUGGGGACGGAUCCAAGUCACGGGCGUGAGGAGCCCGGGACUGGGUGGGAGCACUCGGGUGUCUUUUCCGUUUAUCCCGCACAAUAAAAGGGACUUGUUUUGUAGGGAUAACA